AUGCGCGAGCUCAUUACAUUCGCUGCCGGCCAGGCCGGUAACCAGAUCAGCUCCUCGUUCUGGCAGGUCCUUCUCGACGAGCACGGUCUCGAUGGCGACGGCCGAUACAUCGGCACCAACGAGGAUGCCCAGCUCAGCAAGGUCGGCGUCUUCUUCGAGCCGACCGGCUCGGAGGGCAAGUUUGUGCCUCGUGCGGUCCAGGUCGACCUCGAGCCCGGCACGAUGGACACGAUGCGCUCGGGACCGCUGGGCAAGCUCUUCCGGCCGGACAACUACAUCCACGGCGCGUCGGGCGCCGGCAACAACUUCUCCAAGGGCUUCUACACCGAAGGCGCCGAGCUCCUCGACCAGGUGCUCGACGUGGCGCGGCAGGAGGCCGAGCGCGCCGACAUGCUGCAGGGCUUCCAGCUGCUCCACUCGCUCGGCGGAGGCACCGGCUCGGGCCUCGGCACCAACCUCUUGACCAAGCUGCGCGAAGAGUACCCGGACCGCAUGCUCGCCACCUGGUCGGUGCUGCCCUCGCCCAAGGUGUCGGACACGGUCGUCGAGCCCUACAACGCCACCCUCUCGUUCCACCAGCUCGUGGAGAACUCGGACAUGACCUUCUGCCUUGACAACGAGGCGCUCUACGACAUCUGCCAGCGGACGCUCAAGACCAACGCGCCCAAGUACAGGGACCUGAACAACAUCAUCAGCUAUGCCAUGAGCGGCUGCUCGACGACGCUUCGCUUCCCCGGCCAGCUCAACUCGGACCUCAGGAAGAUGGGCGUCAACCUGGUUCCCUUCCCGCGUCUCCACUUUUUCACCUGCGGCUUCGCUCCGCUCGUUGCGCCCGGCAGCAAGGCCUACCAGAGCCUCAAGGUGCCCGAGCUGGUGGCGCAAGGCUUUGACCCCAAGAACAUCAUGGCCGCCAUCGACCCGAGACACGGCAAGUACCUCACGGUGGCCGCCAUCUUCCGCGGCGACGUCAACGGCCGCGACGUGGAGAACGAGAUGGUCAACAUCAAGGAGCGCAACGGCUCGGGCUUUGUCGAGUGGAUCCCCAACAAUGUGCUGUCGUCGCUGUGCGACAUUGCGCCGCCGGCGCUCAAGAUGAGCGCCACAUUUAUCGGCAACACGACGUCGAUCCAGGAGCUCUUCAAGCGCACCCACGACCAGUUCUCGCUCAUGUUCAGGAGGAAGGCCUUCCUGCACUGGUACACGUCCGAGGGCAUGGACGAGAUGGAGUUUACCGAGGCCGAGUCGAACCUGAUGGACCUCAUCGCCGAGUACCAGCAGUACGAGUCGGCGGGCAUCGAGGGCGAGGAGGAGAUGUACGAGGAGGAGUACAUCGAGGAGGACGGAGGCGUGCAGUACGCCGACGAGCAGGAGGGCGAGGAGCCCCUCGAAUGA